CUGGUGACGUAUCAGCCGCUCGCUCUCUCCAGUCCACGCCGGCUGACGUCAGUGUGCGCUCAGGGGGACCGGAAGCGGUGGUUGGCGAUGGCGGCUGCGGUGGGGAUGGGGCAGCAGUGGGUGCUGGUGGAGAUGGUGCAGGCCUUCUAUGAGGCUCCUGCUUACCAUCUUAUUUUGGAAGGAAUUCUAAUACUGUGGAUAAUCAGACUUCUUUUCUCUAAAACCUAUAAACUUCAAGAACGGUCUGACCUCACACCUAAGGAAAAGGAAGAAUUGAUUGAAGAGUGGCAACCAGAACCUCUUGUUCCUCCUGUAUCAAAAGAUCAUCCAGCUCUCAACUACAAUGUUGUUUCAGGCCCCCCAAGUCAUAAAAUCAUAGUGAAUGGCAAGGAAUGUAUAAAUUUUGCAUCAUUUAACUUUCUUGGACUUCUGGAUAAUGAAAGAGUGAAGAAUGCAGCCCAGGCAUCUUUGAGGAAGUACGGAGUUGGCACUUGUGGACCUAGAGGGUUUUACGGCACUUUUGAUGUACACUUGGAAUUGGAAGAUCGACUAGCAAAAUUUAUGAGGACAGAGGAAUCUAUUAUAUACUCAUAUGGAUUUGCCACAAUUGCCAGUGCUAUUCCAGCAUAUUCAAAGCGAGGGGACAUAGUGUUUGUAGAUGAAGCUGCCUGCUUUGCUAUUCAGAAAGGAUUACAGGCAUCGCGAAGUAACAUUAAGUUAUUUAAACAUAAUGAUAUGGCUGACCUUGAGCAACUUCUGAAAGAACAAGAGAUUGAAGAUCAAAAGAAUCCUCGUAAGGCCUGUGUAACUCGAAGGUUUAUUCUGGUGGAAGGGCUAUAUAUGAAUACUGGAGAUAUUUGUCCUCUUCCAGAUUUGAUAAAAUUGAAAUAUAAAUAUAAAGUGAGGAUUUUUUUGGAGGAAAGUCUUUCUUUUGGAGUCCUUGGAGAACAUGGACGAGGUGUUACGGAACACUUUGGAAUAAAUGUUGACGAUAUAGAUCUGAUUAGUGCAAACAUGGAGAAUUCCUUGGCUUCUAUUGGAGGAUUUUGCUGUGGAAGAUCUUUUGUUAUUGACCAUCAGAGAUUGUCAGGUCAGGGUUACUGCUUUUCAGCCUCUCUGCCUCCCCUACUAGCUGCUGCUGCUAUUGAGUCCCUCAAUAUCAUGGAAGAGAAUCCAGACAUUUUUCAGAUUUUACGAGAGAAAUGCAAACGGAUUCACAAAGCUUUACAAAGAAUCUCUGGUCUAAUAGUUGUGGGAGACUUAUUUUCUCCAGCAUUACACCUUCAGUUGGAAGAGACCAGUGGAUCGCGAGAGAAUGAUAUGAAGUUACUCAAGAGAAUUGUAGAUUAUUAUUCGAGUAGUGGUAACAGUGGAACAAACAGAAGAAGAAUUGGAUAAAGCUGCAUCGAUUAUCAGGGAAGCUGCACAGUCUGUACUGAAUUAAACUGCUGAUUUGGAUAUUUGUAUCCUGACAUUAUGAAAAAAAUGUUUUCCACUGUAUGAUGUCUUGGCAUCCACUCCAAAGGUUCCAGCUGUUUAUGGCUCAACCAUUGAUGGAUUUGAAACUUUGAUAAUUAACAUGGUCCUUCCAGAAUCAUGUAGCUCUGGUGAGGGGAAGAAUGAUGAAUUUUGGAAUUACUAAAUGACAUACACCAUAUGUAAAGAGUACAAACUCUUCCUCUAGUACUGUUUUAAAUUGACUAUCAUUAUUGUACAGCAGUAUUUUAUAUUGAUUUCCCCCCCUCUUUCGUAAAGGCCUUACACUUUCCUCAGUCCCCUGAAAAUCUAAACACUCCAUUUCUCUCAAAAGAUUGCUGAGCAUUAUGAGAAUGUAGGAACUUUUAAUAUAAUCUCGAUAAAGUAAAUUUAAUUUUGUUUAAAAUAUUACCUCUUUCAAGAUAUUUCUAAUAUAUUUAAAAGCUAAAUAGUUAAUGUAUUAAGGCAUUCUUGGUUUUGAGCUAUACUAAGUACUUAUUAUUAAAAUAAUUAAGUACAUCCUAUAUUUAUAUACUAAAACUUUCUUUGGUUAACCAUUCCUUGAAACCAGUUCUUAAUUGUUGUCCCUUAAUAGUCCAUUUUCCAAAAAGAGAGAUUCACCUCAAAUACAGUUUGAUUAAUGCAUUCAAUCUGUAAGUAUAUGUAGGUUUGACUGUUAUGGAUGAGGUUUUUCUUAUAAUUAAUUCACAUCUCGUUUUAGAAUUUGCUACCUUUCACAUACUGUAUGCAGCCAAGGGGCUAAAGCAGUGGUGGGCAACCUGCAGCCCAUCAGGGUAAUCCGCUGGCGGCCCGCAAGACAGUUUGUUUACAUUGACCAUCCGCAGGCACAGCCGCCCGCACCUCCCAGUGGCCACGAUUCGCCGUUCCUGGCCAAUGGGAGCUGCAGGAAGCAGCGCGGGCCUCAGGGAUGUGCUAUGUAAACAAUGUAAAUAAACUGUCACGUGGCCUAUCAGCGGAUUACCCUGAUGGGCUGCAGGUUUCCCACCACUGGGCUAAAGACUUCUAGUUUGAAGAGAUCUAGGAGAGAUUUUAAAUAGCGGGGGGGGGGGAACUAACCAAAAUUUUGACCCCUUCUCCCCCACUAUAUACCAACAAUAACAACGUGAAAGUUCUGAAGUAUGAUCUCUAAAUUAUGCUAUUGGUUUACUUAUCAAUAAUUAUAAUUUAGACUUUGAUUUUCAGAAAUGCUUAAAGGAUUUUAGUUGUACAAGUCCCAUUGAGAUACAACUGAACUUAUGUACUUAAAUUCCCCUAGGAGCUUUUGAAAAUCUCCACCUUAAAGUUAUGUGCAGGUUUGCAGUAAACACAGAUGAGGGUACAAACAUAACACCAAUCACUUGGAAAACAACAACUGAGGGAGGGUGACAUAAUUUAUUGUAACUUUUAUAACUAUUUGAACCAUUACUGUGUACUCCAGGACUUUUUAGAAAGGCUAAUUGUGUUUGAAAACACUUUUUUUGUAUUCUGGGUUGUUUUAUAAUGUCUUUUUUUUGGUUGCUGCUACAAAGACUACAGUGCUAUAUUUGGGAAAGAACCUUGUUUAAAUAAAGUUAAACAUAUUUGAGUCAAAA